AUGGCGCAUUUUGUUUACGGAGACAUCAGCUAUUCCUUUCCGGAGGAGAUGAAACACGGAUCUGUGAUUGGAAAUAUUGCCAAAGAUCUGGGGCUCGAUGUGAAAAGGCUAUCCACUCGUAAGGCUCGUAUUGAUACUGAAGGUAACCGAAAACGCUAUUGCAACGUUAAUUUGGAUACUGGAGAACUGACUGUAGCAGGAAGGAUUGACAGAGAGGGGCUUUGUGGAAAAAAGGCAACAUGCCUUAUAAAACAGGACUUUAUGCUGGAAAAUCCUUUGGAAUUACAUCCUGUGAGCAUCUUCAUAAGCGAUGAGAAUGAUAACUCUCCACAAAUCUUAUACCCCUCUCCGGAAGGAAACUCCUUCAUGACUGAGAUGGUGCCCAAAGCUGCCCAGUCUGGCUCUCUUGUGUCCAAGGUGAUCGCAGUGGAUGCGGACUCUGGUCAAAACGCAUGGCUUUCUUAUCACAUAGUGAAAGCGACUGAUCCGGGACUUUUCACUAUUGGUGAGUACAGUGGAGAAAUCAGGACACAGCGGGACAUUUCUGCAUCUGACAGUACAAAGCAGAAUCUCAUUGUUUCAGUCAAAGAUAACGGACAGUCUUCACUUUCUGCAACCUGCGCCGUCUAUUUACUCAUUUCUGAUAACCUGGCUGAGGUUCCUGAACUGAAAGACAUGUCUUAUGAUGAGAGCAGCUCCAAACUGACUUUUUAUUUGAUCAUCGCGCUGGUGUCCGUCUCCACUUUCUUCCUCACCUUCAUCAUCAUCAUCCUGGCCGUGAGGUUUUGUCAGAGGAAGAAGCCCAGACUGCUGUUUGAUGCAGCUGUGGCCAUUCCCAGCGCGUACCUCCCUCCUAAUUACGCAGAGGUGGAGGGAGCGGGAACUCUCCGCAGCACUUACAAUUACGAUGCGUAUCUGACCACAGGAUCACGAACGAGUGACUUUAAGUUCGUCACUUGUUACAAUGAGGGGACACUGCCUGCUGAGCAAAUUCUGAAAAAGGCACCUUCUCUUCUUACUGAACUUGAGCAUGUUGGUGACAUUACUGCUGAUACUGAGGUGAGAAUAUUCUCUCAUUCCAUGUUGUAG